UGCAAUCACACUGUACUCGUUUUGUUGGAUUCGGACCGUGCGCGCUUUAAAUGUCACCGGCUGUUUUGUGGCUGAAGCGGCAGCGCAUCAUGUGCAGCCCAGCUCACCGUCUUUUGGAAAUCAACAUUUCCAACUACUAAUCUCUUUAUUCUAUUAGCCAAAAGUUGACUAAGUGUGGUUUCUUUGCGCGUCACAAUAUUCCAGCAAGCGGCACAGCGCUGGAGCAGGUGUGUGCCAUCCAGACAACUGAGGAGGAGGAGGAAGAGGAGGGGUUGGAAGAAAGGAGGUUUCCAGCUGCACGACGGAGUUUUUUUCUCCUCACACAAGGCACUUCUUCUCCAGAGGACAGGCUGAAAAAAAGUUUGUCCAGGGAAGUAGAAAGGAGAGAUGACAACCAUCACUCUUCUCCUGCUCUUCUUUGUCUCUCUCACAAGCAGCAGUGCAGAGAACGCAGAGGAGCGUCUGGUGAACUACCUGUUGGGUCCAGAGCGCUACAAUAAACUGAUCAGACCAGCUGUCAACAAGAGUCAGCAGGUCACCAUCUCCGUACAGCUGACUCUGUCUCAGCUCAUCAAUGUAAACGAAAGGGAGCAGAUAAUGACCACCAACGUAUGGCUGUUUCAGGAGUGGAAUGACUACAGGCUGAGGUGGGACCCAGACAAAUAUGAGGGAAUCAAGAAACUACGAAUUCCUUCCAAACAUCUUUGGCUUCCUGACAUCGUGCUUUACAACAAUGCCGAUGGUGUCUACGAGGUUUCCGUCUACUGCAACGCUGUAGUUUCCAACACGGGAGACAUUUUUUGGCUGCCCCCUGCAAUCUACAAGUCGGCCUGUGCCAUCGAGGUGCAGAACUUCCCCUUCGACCAACAGAACUGCACUCUCAAGUUCCGCUCCUGGACGUACGACCACACAGAGGUGGACCUGAUCCUCAUCAGUGACUUUGCCAGUCGCGACGAUUUCACGCCCAGCGGAGAGUGGGACAUCGUGUCACUGCCGGGACGCAAAAACGAGGACCCCAACGACAUCACCUACCUGGACAUCACCUAUGACUUUGUGAUCAAGAGGAAGCCACUUUUUUACACCAUCAAUCUAAUCAUCCCGUGUGUGCUGAUCACCUCGUUGGCUAUCCUGGUUUUCUACCUGCCGUCGGACUGUGGGCAGAAGAUGACACUGACGAUCUCAGUGCUGCUGGCCCUCACUGUGUUCCUGCUGCUGAUAUCAAAGAUAGUGCCACCCACCUCUCUGGCAGUGCCUCUUAUUGGUAAAUACCUGAUGUUCACCAUGGUGCUGGUGACUUUCUCCAUCGUUUGCAGCGUCUGCGUCCUAAACGUGCACCACCGCUCUCCGUCCACCCACCACAUGCCUGACUGGGUCAAACACCUCUUCCUGCUCCAACUGCCCUCCUUCCUCCUCAUGAGGCGCCCAGGCUCCAGUGUCCAUGAGAAACUACACCGGAGGUUCGCCACCUGGAGUUCCGUUGAGAAAAGCGCUUCACAGAGCUGCACGGACAAGAAGCGGUACUCCAACAUCCGACUGGGUGGGAUCCGGACAGACAGCCACUCUCUCUACGUGAACGAGGACUUGGCCCACAGGUUUUGCUGGAGGGGGGGCGACAAUCCUGAUGGCGGUAGCAGGUUUUCAGAAUUGCAAAGUCCUUUGGCUGGUCAGUGGGAUGAAGAUCUGGAGGAAGCAGUGGAUGGAGUGAAGUACAUCGCUGAGCAUAUGAAGACGGAGGACGGUGAUGAAGGGAUCAUACAAGACUGGAAGUAUGUGGCCAUGGUGAUAGACCGUCUCUUCCUGUGCAUCUUCAUCCUGGUGUGUGUGGUGGGAACACUGGGCCUCUUCAUGCAGCCGCUGUUCCAGACCUAUAACACACCCAUGGCCGAUGGCGCUGAGAAUAGAGAUUUCUAAGAUUGUUGACACAUGAAAGAGAGAACAGCUGCGUAAACAUCUGGAACAGGAACUUUUAACUAAGAACCUACACCAGGUCGAGCUCUGAUCCGUCUCUGCUGGUUCUGUUUACAGCAGUGAAAAAAACUUAUUUUAACUCCAUGGUUUCUCAUCUGGACUAUGCACCCAUUGGAACUCUGCUAUCACCACAGGUAUGACAAUCCUGAGAUACUUUUUUUCUUACAUUAACCUCUAUCCUGAUGACCUUAUGGGUUACAGAGUAAAAACUACUUGUUAUUUCAUAUCCCGACCUCAAGGCCUUUCGUUUUCAGUACUGUUCAUGUUUACUGUUAAAGUUUUAUACGACAUUCUACCAGCAGUUUGUGUUGGUGCAGCUCAGUGGACCAUAGUUUCCUCUUCUGUGCACCUCACAAAGCAAGUUUCACCAAAACAAAAGCAAAGCUACUUUGUCAUCUCCACACAGCCUCUCUCUUUCCGGUCUUUUACCUCGUUCUGCUUCAGAGCAUUGUUCAUUUCCACCUUUUAUCU